AUGGAGAAUGUCCACCGCUCCUUUGUCCGGUUCUUUCCUCGAAACCCUAUCCCAACCUCCCUCGCCGCCUUCCCGAAUUAUUCCCCCAACGUCCCUUCCUUUCCCGCAACCCUUCUUCGCAUACCCCGUUCCAGGAUUCUCCUUCCUCUUCCGCGGUCGCCCCCCGUGAUCGAUCGACGAUGUCGAUCGCACUCGACAUGUCCCUCGACGACAUCAUCAAGAACAACAAGAAGUCCUCCGCCGGGAGCCGCGGACGGGGCGGUGGCUUGGCCACUGGCCCCGCCCGCCGUGUUUCUAUUCGAUCGGCGAACCGAUCCGCUCCCUACUCUGUCGGGAAGGCUCCGGACUCAGCGUGGCAGCACGACAUGUACGCGGCUCAGAUGGGUGGCCUGCCUGCUCCAGCGGCUAGGGCGUCCGCUAUAGAGACCGGCUCAAAGCUGUAUAUUUCGAACUUGGAAUAUGGGGUCUCGAACGAGGACAUUAAGGAGCUCUUUUCAGAGGUUGGUGAUCUGAAGCGUUAUUCAAUAAAUUAUGAUAGAAGUGGAAGAUCUAAGGGAACAGCUGAAGUGGUCUUUGCUAGAAGAGUUGAUGCAUUAGCAGCUGUAAAGAGAUACAACAAUGUGCUGCUUGAUGGAAAACCGAUGAAGAUAGAAGUUGUUGUGCCUCAUUUCACUAAUGGUGCCUUUAGAAGCACUAAUGGCUCUUCCAAAAGGCACCUGGGCCCUUGGGCGAGUCCCAAGCGCCUCGCACCACCUUCGGGUGACGCUAUUCACUGAAGUGCAACCUAGGCGCUCGCUUGAGCCCAGGUGUCAGGCACCUCGGGCAAGCGCCCGAGUGAAAGUGGUGUAGCACAAGAGAUUGGAAGAGAAAGGGGCCCAAGCAUGGAGGAGGGCAUUGACCUAAAGGCGUAUACAACAGAAUUGAUCACUGCUCAAUGGCAAAUGGGAGGGCAAAAGACAUGAUCUCGUUGGAAGACGAAGAGCUAGGGUUUUUAAGGAAAGGUAAUUGGGGGAUGUUAGAAGCCGAUCCCUUUUGCUCUCUCUCUCUCUCUCUCUCUCUCUCUCUCUCUCUUUCAUGAUCUAUCUUUUCUCACACCAAAGACCCGGUGCAUGAUGGACGGAUGUGAAUAUAAAUGCAAUAAGUAGCGCACUAAGUAUUACAUCACAAUAAGUGCGUUCUUGCUUCCAAUUCCAUUGCCUCAAGAUUUGGGUUAAGAAUCACCCUAUUGAAUGGGAUUGAACUCAAAUUACGAGUCAACUCAGGCAUAGCGGUCAAAGAAUCACAUCAAUAUAUGUAUAU